AUCUCUCUGCAGCCCAACUCGCUGUACAUCUUUCUGAUUCAGAUCCUGUCGGUGGACCCCCACUGGUCUCUUUUCAUCACAGAUGCCGCCGGCGUUGCGACGAGGUAUCAUUGGUCGGUAGCUCCCCGCCGCAGUCUCAACGAACCCAUCGAGUGCUAUGACGCCAGAGUCAUCAAUCCGGUCAGGGAGGUCACGAAUGGCGGCAAGAUGACUCUCGGCGUAGUCCGAAUCAUGAGCUACUCUCCACCCCAACCCGGGUUCGAUUUCAAUGGUCUUUUUUCACAAAUCUACCGCGGCAUUAGCUACAACACCGUUCAGAUGAAUCGGCUCAACCAUAUUUCCUGCUGGGAAUGGGUUCUGGAAGCCCUGAACCUGCUU